UUUUUGCACUGGAUUGCACCGUCUCUUUUCUUUCCCCUUUGUUAGGAACAACACCACGCCACCUUUGUUUACGAACUCGUCGACUUGAUGACUCAUCACAACGCCACCACCACCGCCUAACGACCUAGAGCACCUUCUCUCUCCUCUAAUUGGCCAUUGCUUAAGCAAAAACAAACUUCUGCGCUCUCUUCGUGCGGAUAUAAUAAUAAAUCGUCGGUUGUCGUUGUUUGUUCGAUUUGUAGUUGACUUGCUGCGAAGGUUGCUUUGAUCAUUUGAAGCGCCUGAAAAUCGUUGUGCGAAUUUUGAGGGUUCUGUUCUUGUAAUCCGAAAAUGGCCGCGAUUCGGAGGCGGGUGUGGCAGUUAUCUUCAAUCGCAGGUUUCGGGGCUUCGAGAUCGGAAGUGUCGUCGUCAUUGUCGUCGUCCCAAAGAGCAAUUUUCGAUCCAUUUUCUGUUUCGGGGACCAGACACUUUUCCCAAGUGGUGAAAUCCAACCGCAAACACUUGUUCCUCGUUGACACCUUGGCCCUUGUUAGGAGACUGGAAGGGGAAGGAGUGCCCUCGAAGCAAGCCGAGGCGAUAACCGCUGCCAUAACUGAGGUUUUGAAUGACAGUCUCGAAAAUGUGUCUCAGUCGUUGGUAUCAAAGGCGCAGAUGCAGAAAAUUGAAAUGAUGCAAGAAUCCAACCUGUCUAAGUUUAAAGCGGAGGUGCAGAGCUCACAGGGACACCAUUUUUCUCUCUUACAACACGAGACUGAGAAGCUUAGGAAUGAUAUAGAGAAGAUGCGUAAUGAGUUGAGGUAUGAGAUAGACAAAGUCACUGCUGGGCAGCGAUUAGAUUUGAACCUUGAAAGGGGGAGAAUAAGGGAGGAAUUGUCUAAUCAGAAUGCUGAAACUAACAACCUGACAAACAAACUUGAUAGAGAGAUCCAUUCUUUAAGAGCACAACUGGAAGCAGCCAAAUAUGAUGUCAUAAAAUAUUGCAUAGGAACACUUGUUUCGAUUUCUGCUGUUGGUCUUGCUGUUUUACGCAUAUUGAUGUAAAUGGAUUGUAUUCCGAUUAACAUCCACAAAGAUGAGGUGAAAAAGAAUCAAGGGUAGCUCCGUAGCUGCAUUGAAGAUUUAUCUUCUGUCAGAGAAACAAUUGCAUUACAAUACUAGUACAACUUUUUUUUUUGGUCCAUACUAGUGGAGCUGAAAGGAACGAGCUCCAAUCAGGCACGAAUUGGGCCUGUUUUUUAAGCCCCAUUCUAUAUUCUUUUGUUAAUUUAUUUGACAUGCCCUUUGGGAUAUUUGUGCAAUUUAUGCGUGGCUGUAUGGUAUGAGUACAAUACAAGCACCUUGGAUUAUAAUGCCUCGACCCUUCUACAAAAGUGGAAGAAUCAAAAUGCUAAUUGGCACCAAGUCUAUGCGAAUUAGGUUCCUUUA